AGAAACACUGAGUAGCCAAACUCUGGGUUGCAAAAUAUUGAUUUCAUGCAAAUUAGAUGGGGGGGAAAAAGCCAGAUGCAGUCGGUUUUCUGUCUCCUUUACACGGAAAUAAUACUCCCUAAGUGCUUCUCUAGUUAGAAGAGAGCAAAGACAGCAAUUGUAGCUAAUUUUUGUUAUAUAGAGGUACCUGAACGUUUGAAUAUGAAGUAAUGUGAAGUGAAGGAAAUCUCUGGAAGUGUUUAUGAUUACCAUCUACUAGGAAUGGAAAAUUGAGGAGAAAAAGAAAAUGGCCUUCAGAUGUUUCUCAAUAAUAUUUUCAGCUCCUCCUGAUCAACUGCUGUGUUUCUCCUAGCUACAAAGUGCAAGAGUUCUCCUUUGGCUGAUUAAAACUGGGUCCUGAGGGAGACUAAUAAAUUAGCUGAAAUGGAAGAGCCACCCUUGCUACCAGGAGAAACCAUUAAAGACAUGGCUAAGGAUGUUACAUACAUCUGCCCCUUCACUGGAGCAAUCAGAGGAACGCUCACUGUUACCAAUUACAGACUGUAUUUUAAAAGCAUGGAACGGGACCCUCCUUUUGUCCUAGAUGCAUCUUUAGGUGUAAUCAACAGAGUGGAGAAAAUAGGAGGUGCUUCCAGUCGUGGUGAGAAUUCAUAUGGGCUGGAGAUUGUAUGCAAGGACAUUAGAAACUUACGAUUUGCUCAUAAGCCUGAAGGGAGAACUAGACGAUCCAUAUUUGAGAACUUGAUGAAGUAUGCUUUCCCAGUUUCAAAUAAUCUGCCACUUUUCGCGUUUGAGUACAAAGAGGUUUUUCCAGAAAAUGGGUGGAAGGUGUAUGACCCCAUUUGGGAGUACAGAAGACAGGGAAUUCCCAAUGAAAGCUGGAGGUUGACCAAGAUUAACGAGCGCUAUGAGCUGUGUGAUACCUACCCUGCCAUUCUAGCUGUGCCCGUAAACAUUCCUGAUGAAGAAUUAAAAAGAGUAGCAUCUUUCAGAUCAAGAGGACGGAUACCAGUAUUGUCAUGGAUUCACCCAGAAAGUCAAGCAACCAUCACUCGCAGUAGCCAGCCAAUGGUGGGGGUGAGUGGCAAACGAAGCAAGGAAGAUGAAAAGUACCUUCAAGCCAUCAUGGAUUCUAAUGCUCAGUCCCAUAAAAUCUUCAUAUUUGAUGCAAGGCCUAGUGUAAAUGCUGUAGCCAAUAAGGCUAAAGGAGGAGGCUAUGAGAGCGAGGAUGCCUAUCAGAAUGCAGAAUUAGUGUUCCUGGACAUUCACAAUAUUCAUGUCAUGAGAGAGUCGCUGAGAAAACUGAAAGAAAUUGUGUAUCCCAAUAUUGAGGAGACUCACUGGCUGUCUAAUUUAGAAUCAACUCACUGGCUCGAGCAUAUCAAGCUCAUUCUUGCUGGAGCCCUUCGGAUCGCUGACAAGGUGGAGUCAGGGAAGACAUCAGUGGUUGUACACUGCAGCGAUGGUUGGGACCGGACAGCCCAGCUCACUUCCCUCUCUUUGCUCAUGUUAGAUGGCUACUACCGAACUAUCAGGGGCUUUGAAGUACUAGUGGAGAAGGAGUGGCUGAGCUUCGGCCACAGGUUUCAGCUGAGAGUUGGCCAUGGAGAUAAGAAUCAUGCAGAUGCAGAUCGCUCUCCUGUCUUCCUCCAGUUCAUCGAUUGUGUCUGGCAAAUGACAAGACAGUUUCCUACAGCGUUUGAGUUCAAUGAGUACUUCCUGAUAACCAUCCUGGAUCACCUGUACAGCUGUUUGUUUGGGACAUUCCUGUGCAGCAGUGAGCAGCAGAGAGUGAAGGAGGGCCUUCCAAAAAAGACUGUGUCACUUUGGUCUUACAUCAACAGCCAGCUCGAGGACUUCACUAACCCCCUGUAUGUGAGCUACUCCAACCACGUCCUGUACCCCGUGGCGAGCAUGCGCCACCUCGAGCUGUGGGUCGGCUACUAUAUCCGCUGGAACCCCAGGAUGAAGCCACAGGAGCCUGUCCACAAUCGCUACAAGGAGCUUCUUGCCAAGCGGGCUGAGCUGCAGAAGAAAGUGGAGGAACUGCAGCGAGAAAUCACCAACCGUUCCACCUCGUCCUCAGAGAGAGCUGGCUCUCCCGCACAGUGCGUCACCCCUGUACAGACUGUUGUAUAAUAGGGACUGUUUUUUUCGCCAACUACUUUCCCAGGACCACCAGGACAGCUUUUCUGAAACCCUCUGGAUUCCCAUUACAGUGUCUGGGAGACACCAACAUAUUUAUUUAUUUCUCUCCAGGGUAAUUUAUUAGUACUGUAGCACUAGAGGAAGCUUAAGCAAGAACAGAAGAACACCCAAGGCCCCCUAUGCAAUUAACCUUCUCAGUGGCUAGAUGAUGAUACAAGCCACUUGCACUUGCCACUUAAAAGAAACCUAGAACUUUUUUUUUUUUUGCUCACUUGUGUUGGAAAUCACUUCACUUUCAAAAAGGGACUGUGUGCUAGAAUGAAGUACUAUGUAGGAAAAAUGUCUACUCAGGAGUUUGAAAAAGCUCCCCUUGGCUAAAGGUAUAGAAUCUGACUCUGUGUCAGAGCCUUGACUUCACCUGUGUCAAGUCAUGAAACUGCAGUAAUAACACAUGCAUAGCAGCGUGAGAGGGUUUGCCAACACACUAAAAGAGAAGUAGUGCUAGAAUCCUAAACAUAUCAGUUAUUUUUCCUUUUACUUAGAUCUAGGAAGCCAUGUAAACGAUGCCUUACUUAAGAAAGGGCAUGUUCUACCCAGAGAACACACUGGUAGAGGAGCAACCUCCAUGACUCAACUUUACAGGACUGUGUUUACUUCUAUCUCUGCAAGCUGAUCCAUGGCUGACAUGGAUCAUGCCAGGAUGUAAAUUAAAGCACCUUUGUUUCUGAGGGAUGGAGCAGA